GCAGCAAUGGCGGCCGGGCGGGGGCGGAGCUCCGCGCGCGCGCGGCCGGGCGACCCCCCCCCUCCCCCCACGGGGGCUGGUCCGCGCUACGGAAGCGGCUGCGCGGGAGCCUAGUCCUGGGCGCCCUGGUCGCCAGGCCACUGCCCCGGAGCGCGCCCCGGCCCGGCCCGGCCCGGCCCCGCCACCACGAAACAUGGAGGAGCUGAGUCAAGCCCUGGCAGGCAGUUUUUCAGUCUCCCAAGACCUGAACAGCCCCUCGGCACCUCACCCUCGCCUGUCCCAGUACAAGUCCAAGUACAGCUCCUUGGAACAGAGCGAAAGGCGCCGGAAACUCCUAGAGCUUCAGAAGUCCAAGCGACUGGACUACGUGAAUCAUGCCAGGAGAUUGGCUGAGGAUGACUGGACAGGGAUGGAUAAUGAGGAAGAUAAAGAAGAGGAAGGGAUGGACAUUGACACUGGCAAGAAGCUGCCGAGGCGCUAUGCUAACCAGUUGAUGCUGUCUGAGUGGCUGAUUGAUGUCCCUUCAGAUCUGGGGCAGGAGUGGAUUGUGGUAGUGUGUCCCGUGGGGAAAAGAGCCCUUGUCGUGGCCUCCAAGGGUUCCACUACAGCUUACACCAAGAGCGGCUACUGUGUCAACAGGUUUCCUUCCCUUCUUCCCGGAGGCAAUAAGCGCACCUCAUCCACAGGGAAAGACUACACAAUCCUGGAUUGCAUCUAUAGUGAACUGAACCAGACCUACUAUGUUCUAGACGUGAUGUGCUGGAGGGGACACCCUGUCUAUGACUGCCAGACUGAUUUUAGAUUCUACUGGAUGCAUUCAAAGUUACCAGAAGAGCAGGGACUUGGAGAGAAAACCAAGAUCAAUCCAUUUAAAUUCGUGGGACUCAAGAAUUUCCCAUGUACCCCAGAGAGCCUAUGCAAGGUCUUAUCCACGGACUUCCCUUUUGAGGUUGAUGGGCUGCUUUUCUAUCACAAGCAGACCCAUUAUAGCCCAGGCAGCACUCCACUGGUUGGCUGGCUGCGCCCGUACAUGGUGUCUGAUGUCCUCGGCAUGACGGUGCCAGCUGGCCCCCUGACCACCAAGCCUGACUAUGCUGGGCAUCAGCUCCAGCAGAUCAUUGAACACAAGAGGAGUAAGAAGGAAGCCAAAGAGACGCAUCUUGACGAGGCUUCUGAGAAUGGACGCUAUGAACUGGAGUACCUGUCCACCCCCAAGCUGGCUGAUGCUGCCAGCAGCCAGACUGAAGCCACGAGCCUCAUGGAGAACUGAGGAGCUCCAUUCUCCAAGGACCAAGGAGAGCCACACCCAUGUCCCUCUGUGAACGGCUCACCCACCGCCAUCACUUGUAGCUUACAUGAAGGGAGGCCUGGAGAUGAGACUCGAGUCCACCUCAUUCAAUCAAGGCACACCUGAGCUCCGGAGAGUGUGCCGCCUGGCAAGACCGCACAGCAGCUUCCCCAGGUGGAUGGUGCUCAGGGGGAAUUGAGCAGUUCUAACUGCUGAAAGUGUAUCUCAGACAUCCUAUGUAAACAGUAUGGAAUUUCCAAGAACUAAGUUGUUUGUGAUCUUUAUGCCUCUGUGUAGCUGUGAACUGUCCCGCCCCAACCUUGAGAGCUUGGGUUGGUCAUUUGCCCUGAAGGGCUGUGCCUUGUUUCCUCUUGUAUUUCUGCAGCUAAGUGAUGUAGAAAAGUUUUAUGAGGCCCAGCUUGUUGGUCUCUGCAUCAGCUCUACCUUCUGAGAAGGCAAGAAUGUGGUUUUCUUCCCUUCUGACAUUGCCCUAAGAUAAAAUUUCCUUUUAAUCGAUGGAAGCUUAUGAUAGCCGCUUAUUUGAGUUGGUGAUAAUGUGCCCCAGUUCCUGCCCCCUUGUUCCUGUCUUCUAAAGCUCCCCCCCUCCCAAAUCUUCCCCACUGUAGUGCAUGCAGUGAAACUUCUGCCUACUAUCUUCAGGAGGGUGCAUGCUUCCAUUUCCCAUAGUGUGGCUGAGAGCAGGGGACAUGGGGCAGAGCUUGUCUCUUGUGAGAUCUGGAGCUGCCACUAAGUUCAUUUUCUAAACUGGGAAUGGGAGUGGGGCAGAAGUGGGAGCUAAAUGGAACACGAUUACACCCAUUCAGCAUAUCCGAUGAAAGUAGCCAUCUCCGUGGCUGCUGCGUAACUGUAUGCCAAAGCUGACUCUGUAAAACCUGAGAAGGAAACUUGCAAUCGUGCUGGUAACUGCAGAUUCAAGAGUUUGAGUUUGAUUUUUUUUUAAUUAUAAAUCAUUCUAUGACAAUAGUUUUGUUUUUGUGGGUUUUUUUAAGUGCUUUAGCUUUCUGAUCUGUGAACCCAUCCUAAAUUUCAGUUCUCUUAACUGACUGUAGAACAAGGUUUGAAUGAGUCUACAGCUAUUUGUCUUGUUUAAGACCAGAUGAGAAUGACAAAUUUCUGUUCAAGCUCUGCAAAAACAGAGCUCCCAGAAAUAAAGUUAGUAUGUUAAUCUACUGAAUUUCAAACAUCCCUUGAGUUAAAAAGAAGUUAUUAGGGGCAGCUGGAUGGCACAGUGGAUAGAGCACCGGCCCUGGAGUCAGGAGUACCUGAGUUCAAAUCUGGCCUCAGACACUUAACACUUACUAGCUGUGUGACCCUGGGCAAGUCACUUAACCCCAAUUGCCUCACAAAAAAAAAAAGAAGUUAUUCAUCUUUUUGAGCAUUAGAACUGCUCCAACGGACACGAAUGCUUUCUUCUUGACGGCAUUUCAUAUUUGACCUGGAAAAGCAAUGGAAAUUUAAUUAAAAAUUUCAAAAUACAAGUCAUGGGGAUGAGUAACAACUAUAUGGAAAUGGCUGAGUACCUGCUCUCCUUGCAAAGACUAAGGCCUGGGCAGCAUUUUUUUUUUUUUUUGCACGGUAAUGAGGGUUAAGUGACUUGCC